AUGUUGUCCCCGGGUGAUAAGUUCAGACCAAGUUCAGACACAAAUAUUGUCAACGCGGUAUCGGCGUCGGGCGGCUACAUAUCGGCUGUGUCCGAUCAAUGUCCGAUCUGCGCCGCCACUCACGCUGGCACCCUCCUCCCCUGCAACCUUCGUGUCCCCAUCCCGUGGGCCGCCCUUAACGGUCUCGAAGACGUCACGCAUAGCCACAACCACUUUGACCUCGCCUGCAUGCUGCCGCCUCACCCCACGUUCCAGCGCAUUCCCCUGUUCAAUGACGACGCGGAGAACCCGUACGAGUUCGAGCUCGGGGACUGUCACGGCGAUGUUGCGUCGUUCGAGAAGAGGUUAGCGAACAUCGCAAAUGUAGAUGGCUCAUGUAUCGCAAAGGGUAGCGAGUGGGAAGACAGAGUAGGGUAA